AUGCCUGCUCGAACCUCUACGCGUCAGGCCGCCCAGAAGGCGAAGGAGGCUAUCACUUCUUCAAUUGACCCCUCGGACCGGGUAACCCCUGGAUCGAAACGCAAGGCUUCCAGUGAAAAGAAUUCUAAAACCAAGAAAGAGAAGAUCGAAAAAACCAAUCGAGAGGCCCCGACUGAAGAUGGUUCUCAACCUAAGACAGAGACGAUUGAUGAGGGCCAACGGGAGGCAAAGCCUGUCGACGUCACACCCAGUCAAGUCGAUGAAGCCCCUGAGACGAAGGCUACACUUAUUCCGGGGACUCCGACUACUGUUGAUAAGCAGCCUGAGGUGAAGCACGCAGUUGUCCAAGAAGCUGCGAUUCACAGCGACCAGGAAACAGGGAUAAAAGAGGAAUCAAAGCCUGAGACAGUUCCCGGAACUCACAAUCCAGCCGCCGAGACCACAAAGCCUGAAGCCGAUACAGAGUUGGGGGUCCACAAAUCUGAAGAGAGAGAACAUGCCGUGUCGUCAAAUAUCCUGGAAAAGGGAAUAAUCUACUUCUUCUUCCGCCCAAGAGUCAACGUCGAAGAUCCUCAUGGCUUCGAAGAUGUUGCCCGAAGCUUCUUUGUGCUCCGGCCAACUCCUCUCGGUGGUGAACUAGACCACGACCCAAGACCACUUGACAAAAACGCUCGGUGUCGUCUCCUGAUGCUUCCAAAGAAGAAAUUCCCCACCAAGCCCGGCGAAAGAGAGAUGGGAUUUGUGGAGAAGGCUGAUCAGACCAUCAAAGAUCUGCAAGAAAACUUCUUCGCGGCCAAGACUUAUGAGACAGCCACUCGGGGUGAACGUACCGUUGGCGAAUCUAGACCCUAUGCCGAGGGCGUCUAUGCGAUCACGUCGACCAAGCGAGCCUCCCACCUCGCCUAUGUGCUGACAAUUCCCGCCGAGCUAGGUGACAUCCAGGAUAGUUUUGGCAUCCACCAUCAAGGUUCCUGGAUUGUUUCAUCAAAGAAUCCGAAGUAUCCUGGUCCAAGCUUUGCGCAGCUACCGAAGCAACCUGAGUAUCCCGCAUCAGUGCUGGAGAAGUUCAGAGAUCUCCGAUGGAUUCCUUUGGAACCAGAGCUCAUUGAAUAUUCCAAUGCACAGUUUUUGAUGAUUGGCGAGGCACAAGGUUCCCUGGGCAAAGCUACGACCGCCGAAGGAAACAAGGAAGCUCACGAGCAUGAGCCAGGGCAGGAAUUGAAGAGCAUGGAACAGGAAAAUGAACACCGUGUCGAGGCCCUCCAGGGUGAUCAGACUAUCUUCCAAGAUCUGGGCUUGCAUGGGAAAAAGUAUGCCACCUUGCAAACCACUUGGACCCACUAG